AUGGAGCUCGUAUAUGAGUGUUGUGCUAACCCACCUUCCUCUGGAUUGUUCCAGGAUGAGUUCCAUCCGUUCAUCGAGGCGCUGCUGCCCUACGUCAAGUCCUUCUCCUACACGUGGUUCAACCUGCAAGCAGCCAAGCGCAAGUACUUCAAGAAGCAUGAGAAGCGUAUGUCGCUGGAGGAGGAGCGGCGAUGCAAGGAAGAACUUCAGCGUUUAACUCUGUAUCGUAUUACAGUACGUAUUGGUAUGAGGGGUAUUACGUUCCACCGGAAUGCACAUAUUACCAUCCCAUGCGUUUUUCACACCAGCUCGGCAAAUAGAAAUCCAAUAGAAGAAGGAGAAGACCCGAGCGCCACGGCGAGCGGUAGACGCACACAUGAAGAGAAGAAACAUAUAAUACUUUCGUGUUGUGUGCACAUGCUCGAUGUACAGUCGCACGUAUAUGUACACUGGAAGAUUGUGGGCAGUGGACCGGAGCUCGGCAGCGUGCGGAGUAGUAAGACUCACGUGCGAGAAGAAUGGGGGGACAAGUGUUCAGACAUUGACUGCGCAAAUGGGCUGAGUCGUGGUGACAGGGAGGCAGCGAAGCGGAAGCGAGCUGCGUGCGCGAGUUCCGCGCGCCACGAGACUACUCUCGGCAUAAAAACCCAGGAAAAAAAAAAUGGGAAACAUCAGAAUAACAACACACAGGCUAACAAUUUAAGUGGUUAUGGAUUGAAAAUAUCCACAACACAUCCAAACAGUAAGCACGUUCUCCUUUAA